AUGUCUGCGCCCGCUACAUCUGACCCCGUACAGCAAAGUGGCACGCUGUCCAAGUCGCAGAAGAAGAAGAACAAGAAAAAGGCGAGCGCGCACGGAAAUGGGAAUAAAGCAGAAGAGGCAGGAAAGCCGAAUGGGAACGGGCAUUACGCGAAGACGGAUGCAGACGACCAUGAGGACGAAUCCGAGGAUGAGGACGAGCAGGCCAAGUACGCCGCUCACUCCAUGGAUCCUGACGCCGACGAUGUAGACGAUGUAGACGACGAACAGCCGCCUGUGUCUCCAACAAUUGCGCAGUCAAAUGGUACGCCACGUCAUAGUAUCUCUUCUGCGAUUGCGCUCGGACUGGCCCGCUCACGGUCACAACAAGGAGGCCUCUCGCAGUCACCGCCGCCGCCUUCAGACACCAGCGCACGCCUAGAUGCCGUCGCAAAGGAGCGAGAUGCACUGCGACAGGAAGUUACGGAGCUGCGUAAGAGCCUAGAGAGUUUACAAAGUAAACAGGAUGCAGAAACAUCAGACGAGUCACAGUCAAAGCACGAGGAAGAGAUACGGAGUCUUAGGGAGGAAUUGGAUGAGGCUAACGAGGGCAAGGAGCACUUUGAGACACAGUACAAGAACCUGCUGAGCAGAGUGAACACCAUCAAGACCAGUCUGGGUGACAGGCUCAAGGCCGAUGCUGCCCGGAUUGAGGAGUUCCAAACGCAGAUCGCCGAACUUGAAGACCAGACGCGGGAGCUGCAGGAGAACAACAACAGCCUCACCGAAGAGCUUGCCAAACUACGACAAGAAAAUGAAGCACAGUCGGCCGAGAUCGAGACGCUGCGGAGCAGGUCGACUCUGUCGCAGCAGAACUGGAUCAAGGAGCGCGACGAGCUGAUAUCACGAGAAGCAUAUGCAAGAGAAGAGUUUGAAAAUGCGAAACAGGCCAUGCAGGACUGGGAGGUCCUGGCCAUGAACGAGCGGUCGUUGCGCGAGAAUCUUACUGAGAAGGAUGCGGAACUUAGGGAGCAGCUAGAGUCGAUGAGGGACGAAUACGAGAAGGCUGCGCGCGACCGAGACACCAAUAGCCAGGCUGUAGAAGGUCUACAAAAGGCACUACAAGAAGUGCAAAACCUGCGCAAAGCCGAGCUCAAAAAGUCGGUCGAAACGUACGAAUCACAAAUCAACGAGCUGCGAAAGCAAGUCCAAGCGGCUGACUCGGCUGCGAAUGCCGCCAAGGCAACGCUCGAGUCGACACAGAAGGAGCUUGAACGAGCACUCCCGUUCGAGAAGGAGGUCAAGGAGAAGAAUCUCUUGAUUGGGAAGCUUCGACAUGAGGCAGUCACGCUAAACGAGCAUCUCACCAAGGCGUUGCGCAUUCUGAAGAAGGGGCGGCCAGAAGACAAUGUCGACCGGCAGAUUAUUACCAACUAUUUCUUGCAUUUCUUGAGCAUUGAUAGAAGCGAUCCGAAGAAGUUUGAGGCACUGCAGUUGAUCUCCGCGUUGCUGGGAUGGACAGACGAGCAAAAAGAACAAGCAGGUCUGGCGCGUCCUGGUACCUCAUCCAGCUCGACAGGACUUCGCCUUCCAUUGACACCCUUCCGACGGACACCGUCUUCAUCACAGCUGAACUCUGCCGCAGCAGACCCCAUGCUUAUGGCUAGCAGCUCGAGCAACAAGGAGUCGCUAGCAGAGUUGUGGCAAGACUUUCUCGAGCGGGAGGCUGCAGAGGGCAGGGGCAACGGAUCGAGAAGAGAAAGUAUGGCGAGUCAGGCACGCACUGAUGGCGGACUGGGCAUCAACGAAAAGAAGUAA